AACUCUCUUCACCACCCAAAUAUCUUACUUGUUUACAUCUUCUUUUGCAAACCAACAGAAACACUAAUAGAAAAAUGGCCGGUGUAAUGAAGUUGGUAUGCUUGGUCUUGGCCUGCAUGAUUGUGGCAGGUCCGAUCACAGCGAACGCAGCUCUGACCUGUGGCACCGUUAACAGCAACGUGGCACCGUGCAUUGGCUACAUAACCCAAGGUGGACCCCUUCCCGGAGCGUGCUGCACCGGUGUUAGUAAACUUAACAGCAUGGCCCGUACAACCCCGGACCGUCAGCAAGCUUGUCGUUGCCUUAAAACUGCUGCUAGCGCCUUAGGCCCUAGUCUCAACGCUGGCCGUGCAGCUGGAAUUCCCAAGGCAUGUGGAGUCAGUGUUCCUUUCCCAAUCAGCACCAACACCAACUGCAACAGCGUGAAAUGAGCGACAGUGUGAUGAAGCUUCAGGGGACGUUUCGAAUAUUAUAAUAUGGAUCAGAAUAUUAAAUAAGAUAUGUUCGAAUGCAUGUUUUAAAAAUGUUUUAUAAUUUCCUUCUUUUUUAUUUUAAUAUGGUGAUCCUAUAUUCCUAUGAACUGGUCGUUUGUACUAUGUUAUCGAACAACGUUAUAUGAAAUUCAGAUUUGAAGUUUAUAUUCU